AUGGACGGCGGCGACGUCGCGACGGGGGGCGGCCGGGGCACCAGCAUCCACAUCAUGGCGCUGGACGGCAUCGUGAACGUGAACUCGCUCUUCACCCUGGCCGCGUUCCUGGGCCUGGCGUGGCGGCCGUCCUCCGAUGGGCCCGGGCUCGCGGACGGCGCCGACCCGCGCACGGGGAACCCCUGCGCCGCGGGGGACCGCGCCGAGUCCGACCUCGUCUCCUUCCACGUCCUCGCCUUCGCCUGCUUCCUCUUCUCCAGCCUCGUCGCGCUCUGCCUCAAGCCCUGUCCGCACCUACCCCCACCACCGCGGCCGCGCCUCCGCCGUCGGCCGGACCGCGCGGAUCAACCGCGUCGCGAUCCUCGCGCCCGCCGUGGGCUCCGUCGCGGGGUGCGGCUUCCUGAUGAUGGCGCUCAUCAACGUGGUGCAGACGCACCUGCGCUUGAAAACUCUGCAAUCCCAACUUGA